CCCUUCAGUUGGUUCUGAGGUCAGACUGGAGGAGCCUCUCUGCUGCACCACAACUCAAGAUGCUGCUCUUGACUCUCAUUUCUCUCUCUAUUACCUUGGCCAAGGCUGAUAAGACGAGACCCUCGGACCUCGGUGAGACUCUGGGGGAGCAUGUGGCUCUGGGCCAAUUAACUUUAAACGAAAUGUUUAAGGAGGUGGAAAAGCUGAUGGAGGACACGCAGCAGAAACUGGAAGAAGCCGUGCAUCAGAUGGAGAAUGAGACUUCCAGAUCUCUUUAUGGACACCGUUUGCCUUUUGGUCUCCCCAAUCCCAAUGAAGCCAAGGAUGCUGAGAGUGAAUCAGGAGAUACACGCUACUCGGAAGCAUUCAAUCAAGAGAACCGCUGGAACGAAGUAGACCAUGAGUGUCUGAUAGACGAGGACUGUGAGGAGAACAGUUACUGUCUGUACAACAUCAGCAGCUCCAAAUGCGUCUUGUGUAAAUCCACGAACAUGGAGUGUGUGAAGGAUGAGGAGUGCUGUGGAGAACAGCUGUGUGUGUGGGGAGUGUGCAUGCAGAACAAAACCCGCGGAGACUCGGGGACCAUCUGUCAGUACCAGAGUGACUGCAGCCCCCUGCACUGCUGCGCGGUACACAAAGCAUUGCUGUAUCCAGUGUGCAGGCCGCGGCCUCUGGAGGGUCAGAGUUGUCACGAGCAGUCAAAUGAGUUGCUGGAGCUGCUGCUGUGGGACGACGAGGCUCCUCAUGAACACUGUCCAUGUGCUGCAGGCCUGCAGUGUCAGCCACUCAGUAACAAGUCGCUGUGCCUGAUGAAGAAGAGCUCAGCUGGGAACAGGAGCCUGAGAGAUUCAGAUUAACUGUUCGAAAGAAGCAAGACAGCAGCCGAGCUUCACUUAUUCCAUUUGUUAGUCGGUUAAUGUGACCUGUAUAUAACCUCUGUGUUGUGUGUAAAUAUCUGCUUCAGUUUUAAAUGUGUUUGAUUAUACAGUACAUGCUAUAUACACAAAGUAAAACUAAAAGGUUUUAUUAUUAUUAUUAUUAUUAUUAUUAUUAUUAUUAUGAAGAAGAAGAAACAGUGUUGAAAACUGACUAACAUUUCUGAAAAAUAAAAGAAAACUCUGUUCCAGCCUCAUAGCACGAUGCCACCACCACCAUGCUUCACCCUUGAUUAUUAACUGUGCUGUUGUUGUUUGUUUAUUAUUAUUAUUAUUAUUAUUAUAUAAUUGAGUUCUACAAUCCAGCUAGCUACCAAACCCACAGCCCAGACAUUUCCUUCAUCGACUCAAAACUUCUAAAGUGUUUUGUUUUUCUUCAUACCACAGCAACCAUGAUCACCGUUUGUGACGAAUUAUAAAACAUGCCUUAAAUUUUUA